AUGGAGAAUAGUGCGCAGGAAACGACGAGAAUACCUCCGGUUUUUAUCGCGAGCGAGGCAAAGAAGGAAGGGUACGAAGAAGAACUCGGACAGCCAUUUCUUGAGGAAGAUUUGGACACGGAUGGAGGGUGCCCGCAUCAUAAGCAUCAUCAUCACGGGCGACGAGGACACAAAAACCCGUUUAAAUUCGCGUUCUUUCUCUUGCUGGGAGUAAACGUCGUCGGAGUUAUGAAACACUGUCAAAUGAUGCGAAGGAAAAUGGAGUGGUGUAAAGCGCACCCGAAGAAGUGCGAGAAAUGGAAGAAGCACCACGGAAUGCACGAUGGAGGGAAAAUGGAAGAAAAGCGCGGCGGCGAGUUCACGCGCAAUCCAAUCGUGGACUACUUCUGGCCGCAACCGCCGAUGUGGAUGCGACACCACGCGCACGACGACGGGGAUUGGGAGACGACUGUUAAAUUUGAAGGCGAAACGUUUCCUCCGGAAGAAUUAGGAAGUGAAAAUAUUGGGUUGGAACAGUUUCGAGUUCCCGAAAAUUGGAAGUGCAAAAAGCACGGAAAGCGGGCGCGGGGGAGAAACGACGACGACCACGAUCACGACGACGACGACGACGACCACAAAUACAGAGGCGGCAAAAACUAA